UGCUAUCCAAACAUAAUUUUUGUGUGUUUGAAGUAUAAGAUGAUUUGCAUCUGAGACUAUUGCUGCCAACAGAGGACCAACUCUGCCAAGUGCUUUCUGACAGCUGUCUUUUUUUUAAUUGCAGAAAACUGUAUUCAUCCACAUGUGAAGUUGGUCUUCACAAUGGACCUCUGUGAGGAAGAUGAAGUGGAAGUCUACACGGGCCACCAGAAACAAAGGCUAGAGUCUUCUACCUGUCUGUCUGCAGAGGAUGAGAGACGAGAGUUGAAGGACCAGCGUCCUAAUUCUCCAACAGCCAGCUGUGUGUCUGUGAAGACUGACAGGUCCAGAGAUGAGCCUCCAUAUUUAAGCAACAAGCCACUACCAGUGGACUCAGCUGACUCCAAGCCCAAAAGUCAAAAACAGAGGCCACUGUCUCCAACACCUAGCUGUCUGUCCAUGAGGAGUGACGAGUCCAAGGGACUUCCUCUUGUCUUCAAGAAGGAGCAAAGUGGCUCUGAUUCAAAACGAGAGUUGAAGGACCAGCGUCCUAAUUCUCCAACAGCCAGCUGUGUGUCUGUGAAGACUGACAGGUCCAGAGAUGAGCCUCCAUAUUUAAGCAACAAGCCACUACCAGUGGACUCAGCUGACUCCAAGCCCAAAAGUCAAAAACAGAGGCCACUGUCUCCAACACCUAGCUGUCUGUCCAUGAGGAGUGACGAGUCCAAGGGACUUCCUCUUGUCUUCAAGAAGGAGCAAAGUGGCUCUGAUUCAAAAGACCAGCUCUAUCAGAGCCAGAGACCUGACUCCCCAACACUGAGCCAUCUGUCUAUAAGUGACCAGUCCAUGGGAAUCCCUCUUGCUUUCAACAGUGAGACAAUUCCAGCUGUCCAUGUACAACAACCACCCAGUCAAGCUUUUAGAAAAGACUCUGAAAUUGUGACUGACGAUGUGCAGGAGGCUUUAAACAAACAUCGGAUCAAUCUUAAAAAGAAGUUUGAAUAUGUCAUGGAAGGAAGUGCUGAAGAAAAAAGUGGGAUCCAUCUGAGCACCAUUUACACAGAGCUCUACAUCACAGAGGGGGAGUGUGAGUGGAUUAAUACUCAACAUGAGGUGUGGCAGCUUGAAACAGUAUUCACCCUAAAAACCUUCUGUGGCACAGCAAUCAACUGCAAUGACAUCUUUAAGCCCUUAACUGGACAAAACGAAUGUCUAAAGGUCUUGACCAAAGGCAUCGCUGGCAGUGGAAAAACAGUUUGUGCACAGAAAGUCAUCCUCGACUGGGUAGAAGGGAAAGCAAACCAUACAGUGAAGAUCUUGUUUGCUCUUCCAUUUCGUGAGUUGAACUUGAUCAAAGGUGCAAAGUACAGCCUGCUGGGCCUGCUAAGCCUUUUCCAUCCAUCACUAGAAAAACUCACGGUGGAGAUGCUUACUAUGUGGAAAGUUGCAUUCAUCCUGGAUGGCCUUGAUGAAAGCAGACUUACGCUGAAUUUCAAAUGCAAUGAGCAUGUGUCCAAUGUCACACAAAUAUCCACAGUAGAUAAACUGCUGACAAGCCUGAUCAAAGGGAAACUGCUGCCCUCUGCUCUACUCUGGAUAACCUGCAGACCUGCAGCAGCCAAUCUGAUCCCUCCUCAGUACAUCCACAGGGUGACAGAGGUACGAGGCUUUACUGACCCUCAGAAGGAGGACUACUUCAAGAAAAGAUUUUGUGAUGACGAGCAAGCUGGAAAAAUCAUCUCACACAUCAGGGCACUGAAGAGCCUCCAGAUCAUGUGCCACAUCCCAGUUUUCUGCUGGAUGAUUGCCACAGUGUUUGAGUACAUGCAGAGUACAAAUACAGGAGAGCUACCCAAGACCCUGACUGAGAUGUACGCACACUUCCUGAUGGUUCAAACACAGAGGAAGAAUAAUAAAUAUGGGAAAGCUGAGAUGAAUCAACAGGAGCUGAUAAAGACCGACAAGGAAGUUCUUCUGAAGCUGGGGAGGCUAGCCUUUGAACAUCUGGAAAAAGGUAACCUCAUGUUCUACAAAGAAGACCUUGAGGAGUGUGGGCUUUAUGUGAAUGAUGCUGCAUUGUACUCCGGAGUGUGCACAGCUAUCUUUAAAGAAGAGUGUGUACUCUUCAAGAAGAUGGUCUACUGCUUUGUCCAUCUAAGCAUUCAGGAGUUUCUUGCUGCUGUCUAUGCUUACCACUGUUACGCAACUCAGAACAUAAAUGCCAUGAAGAGCAGUCUGUCUUUACAUGAGCUUUUGGAGGGAGCUUUGGAAAAGGCUUUGGAGAGCAGGAACGGUCAUCUCGAUCUAUUUGUCCGCUUCCUUCAUGGACUCACAAUCGAGUCUAAUCAGCGUGCUUUAGGAGGCCUGAUUGUCCAAAAGUCAAGACCAGAAUCCAUUAAAAAACACAUCCGCACACUAAAAAUGGUUCAAAGGAAGGCAGCCUCAACAGAGAGAUGUAUCAACCUCUCCCACUGCUUGACAGAAAUGAACGACCACUCAGUAGACCAGGAAAUUCAAGAGCUCCUGGAGUCUGAGAACAGAUCAAAGCAGAAACUCUCCGCAGUUCAGUGCUCUACUCUGGCCUACAAACUGCUGAUGUCAGAGAAAGUACUGGAUAAGUUUGACCUCAGGACUUUCAACACAUUGGAUGAAGGGCGUAGGAGACUGGUACCAGUGGUGAGAAACUGCACAAAUGCUCAACUCUCUGGCUGUGGACUCAAAACUGAAGAUGUUUGUGAUGUCGUGGCUUCAGCCCUGAGCUCCAAUCCCUCCCAUCUGAGAGAGCUGGACCUGAGUAACAAUGAGCUUCAGGAUUCAGGAGUGAAGCUGCUGUCUGCUGGACUCCAGAGUGUGAACUGUAAAUUGAGUAACUUAAGGCUGUCAGGCUGUCUGAUCACAGAGGAUGGCUGUGUUUCUCUGGCCUCAGCUCUGAACUCCAACCCCUCACAUCUAAGAGAGCUGGACCUGAGCUAUAAUCAUCCAGGAGACUCAGGAGUGACACUGCUAUCUGCUGGGCUCAAGGAUCCACACUGGACACUGGACACUCUCAGAGUGGACCAUGGAGGUGAACACAGGUUAAUCUCUGGGCCGAGGAAAUAUUUAUUCCGGCCCACAUUGGACCCAAACACAGCACACAAACGCCUGUCUCUGUGUGAACAGAGUGGACAGGUCUCACAUACAGAAGAAUGGCAUCCUUAUCCUGAUCAUCCUGAACGAUUUUACUUACAAGAUCAGGUGUUGUGUCGAGAGUGUCUGACUGGGUGCUCCUACUUGGAGGUAGAUAUGGCUGGUGGAGCUUUCAUCGGUGUGGCAUACAAAGGAAUCAACAGAACUGGUUCCUAUGAAAGCUGGCUCGGAUACAAUGACAAGUCAUGGUGUGUCAGCUGUUUUGGUCCUAACUACAAGGUAUUGCAUGACUGGAGAGAGACCAACAUACCAAUUGCCAUCACAUCACCCAGAGUAGGAGUGUAUCUGGACUGGCCAAGAGGCACUCUGUCUUUCUACAAAGUUACUUCUGAAAGCUUAGUCCACCUGCACACUUUCCACCACAGAUUCACAGAGGCACUCUACCCUGGUUUUUAUGUACCGUACAAUACAUCACUGUCUCUGUGUUAGUCUUCUAAAGACUGCAAUUACCACCUUGCAGUUCUAUGCCUCUGU